CCGGGACGGGGACAAUGGCGGCGGCGGCGGCGUCUCCUCCGAGCCCGCGGCGGGGCCCCUGCGCUGCUACUCUGCUCCGCUGGGCGACUUCGGCGGCGGCGGCCGGGCAGCUGCUGCUCCUGCUGCUCCUCCCUGAGGCGACGACGGCUCUAGAGUGUUACUGUCUUGUUUGUACAAAAGAGAACUUUACAUGCACAACAGAUGGACUUUGCUUUACUUCUGUAACACGGAACGGAGAGAAAAUAACACGCAAUAGCAUGUGUGUGGCACAAGUUGAUCUGAUUCCCAGAGACAGGCCAUUUAUUUGUGCCACCUCAACAAGUGAAGGAGUUAUUACUGUGCCACAUUGCUGUGAUAGAGACCUCUGCAAUAAAAUAGAGCUACCGAUUCCAACCCCAGGUCCCCUCCCAAGGAAGCUGCCUUCUAAUUUAGGACCAGUGGAAUUGGCUGCUGUCAUUGCUGGACCUGUUUGUUUUGUUUGCAUUUCACUUAUGUUGAUUUUGUAUAUCUGCCAUAAUCGUGCCGUCAUACACCAUCGUGUUCCAAGUGAAGAAGAUCCUUCUAUGGAUCGUCCUCCAUUUAUAUCUGAGGGAACAACUUUAAAAGAUUUAAUUUAUGACAUGACGACUUCAGGCUCAGGUUCAGGUUUACCUUUACUUGUUCAAAGAACAAUUGCAAGAACAAUUGUACUUCAGGAAAGUAUUGGAAAGGGUCGAUUUGGAGAAGUCUGGCGUGGAAAAUGGAGAGGAGAAGAAGUUGCAGUGAAAAUUUUCUCCUCAAGAGAAGAACGUUCAUGGUUUCGUGAAGCAGAAAUCUACCAAACCGUUAUGUUACGUCAUGAAAAUAUUCUUGGGUUCAUAGCUGCAGACAAUAAAGAUAAUGGUACAUGGACACAGCUGUGGCUGGUGUCAGAUUAUCAUGAGCAUGGCUCUCUCUUCGAUUACCUAAACAGGUAUACCGUUACUGUGGAAGGAAUGAUAAAACUAGCUUUGUCUACUGCCAGUGGACUUGCACAUCUUCACAUGGAGAUUGUUGGCACUCAAGGAAAACCAGCUAUAGCUCAUAGAGACCUGAAAUCAAAGAACAUAUUAGUAAAGAAAAAUGGUACCUGUUGUAUUGCAGAUUUAGGCCUGGCAGUAAGACAUGAUUCAGCUACAGACACAAUAGAUAUUGCACCAAACCACAGGGUGGGAACAAAAAGGUACAUGGCUCCUGAAGUACUUGAUGAUUCCAUAAACAUGAAGCAUUUUGAGUCUUUCAAAAGAGCAGAUAUUUAUGCAAUGGGAUUAGUGUUCUGGGAAAUAGCUCGGCGAUGUUCAAUUGGUGGAAUUCAUGAAGAUUACCAACUACCAUAUUAUGACCUGGUUCCUUCUGAUCCUUCAGUUGAAGAAAUGAGGAAAGUUGUUUGUGAACAGAAACUUCGACCCAAUAUUCCUAACCGAUGGCAGAGCUGUGAGGCCUUGCGAGUAAUGGCCAAAAUUAUGCGGGAAUGUUGGUAUGCCAAUGGUGCAGCAAGGCUAACAGCUUUACGCAUAAAGAAAACACUGUCACAGCUCAGUCAGCAAGAAGGCAUAAAAAUGUAAUCGUGGAGGUGUUACUGAAGGAGACUUUUAAAGGACCAUAUCUGCACCUAAUUUGUGCAUUAAGAAGGCUAAUUGUUCUACCUCACUGGGGGAACAGAAGGAUAUUCCUGCCUUUUGUACAAAAUAGGAAGAUCAGUUAUUAGCCCAGGAUUUCUAUAGAUGCAGUAAAACUUUGUACAGCUCCCUACCUUGCACUACGGACUCCUCUUUCCCAGGACACUUCCGCUUCAGUAAAACAUAAAUUGGUUUUCCAAGGAUUAACGCUGGUCCCUGUUUCGUUGAGAACAUGAAGACGAUGCUCGUGCACACUAUCGCACUGAAGGAUAUCUUGAAAGUUUUUAAAGCUAUUUGCUUUGUUCAUGAUGGCACACUAUAUUCUGAACCACUCUUGGCUUAUUCUUAUCAGAUUGUGUAGUUUUUUGGCUACUAGGACACUUACUGUUGGACGUAUUUAUCAGGAUUUGAAGACAUUACCUCAUCCACUCUGGAAGAACAUAUACAACAUAUGCAGUUAUAUUUUGUAUUUCUGUUGUUUUGCUUCAGAACAUUACAUGCCUUCAAAAUAGAUUGUACUGUACCAGGAAGUGCCACUUUUCAAUUUUUGUAAUGCACUUCAGUAGGUAUAUGCAAAGCCUUUGGUGCUUGUAGAAUGAUAAAAUAUAUCUUAACUAAAAGGGAAUUUUAUACUACAUUUGGAAUUCUUUUUACCAAAACCUCUUAAUUCUGAAGACUAGGAAUUUUAAGUAUAUAAAUUAAUUCUGUGCUGUUAUUAAAGUUGUGCAUCACAAUGAAUUGUGGUGUCAAAAGUGGCACUUAACUUUUAAUGACCCGUAAAGAGUACUUCAAGAUUCUUUUAAAAUUUGAUAUGAGGGCUUAAUCCAAGAAAAUAAAUUUUAGCACUCUAAUAUUAUCUGGGGCGGGGGGAUUUUUUUUCUGCACAGACCCUUACCCAUUCAAAGAACAGCGCUCUUUACUAAAGUGUCACCUGUUUCCCUGCUUCUUGAAGGGUAAUCCAUGUGUAAAAACAUUGCAUUUGGGUAGCCUUAUUGUAUGCAGUCCUUGUGUGCAAAGCAGUAGACUUUCCCUAGCAUCUGUAGCUGUUGUGUGAUCUUGCUGGUCAGGUCAGUAUGUGCUUUCUUAACAGAUGGUUGGCACUAUUGGCUCUGACCUCACCAAUUGUAUAUAUCUGGAGAUGUGUAAGGACUGAAUCUAGGUCCCCACGCUCCUAAAAUGUGGUGCCAUUGGACUUCUCCAUGCAGGCCAACUCCUGUUUGGUGACAAGAGCUUCACAUGUGGAAGUAUUUGCACAGCUUGUGGCUCGCCUUGAAAGUCACUGCUUUGAAACCUCCAUCUAUUAUUAUUACUAAAUCACAGUUGGAUAGUAAUAUACCAUUUGUUUUCCGGUGCAUACAGGUAGCUGUAAAAUUUGCUGCUGGAUGUAAAAUACUGUUACAUCUACAAUACUGAAAAACUGUGCUUGCGUUUUAAGGUGUAUUUUGGGUUUCAUUUAUGUAAAUCUUAUAUCUGGUGCACAAAUCAAAUUUCUAUUAAUGCAUCUUCAAGCUAGUUACAUUUAUGAAGAACCAUGAAAAACUAAAAUCUUUUUUAAAAAAUACUUUUGAUUUCCAUAAAAGUUAAAAUAAGCUAGCAAGCAAAAACUACCUAUUUAAGUUUGUCUUUCUUCAAUGCAGACAUAAUUGAAAAGGUGAAGACUUUGCCCACCUGCAAUUUUUUACAGUGAUGUAGAAUGAAAAUAAUAUUGGUUAGCUGUACUGGCAGCCCCCCGUUUUGUGCACAUUUGUGAAAUUGCGUAUAAUUGAAACCCAUUGAGAAAGCCUGCAGCCGCCCCAUUCCUCCCCCACCCACCCCAUUCCGCCCUUUAGUGAUAUUUCAGUGAUGUCUUUACAGUAUUACAUUUCCAAGUCACUUUCAGGUUCAGUGUGGUGCAUGUCUACACAGUCGCACAAAUACUGAAUGUGCAUAAAUGGGGCGCUGCCUGCAUACCAGUUAUCAAUCCUUAACUUCCCAUGAUUCACUCAUGCCAAAAUGAUUUUUCUAUUUUAGUCUAGAGAAAAUUAUGAGGUUAAUUUUUUAGCAGUUCUUAAAAUAGACGUUGCAGCAGGAAAAUUGUAUAUCAUGAAAAUUGUACUUUGUUAUUUGUGGCUUCAGCUGUGAUGAUAUAAUUUUAGUCAUGUUUUCCAUUGAUAAUUUGUCAAUAUCUUUCGAAUGAGUGCCUGUAUAUAUUACAUAGAACUUUUUUAAUCUGUUGCUUGUAAAGUCACAUGUAGAUUAGGGAUGGGCAUAUCCUCUAAGGCUUCCCUCAGAUUGGUUCUGGAUUUCCCCAAUUCUGCCCCUAACAGAAAAACUUGUACAGAGCCAGUCUGAGUGGCUCAGACGGUUCACCUGUUCCCUUCCUUUUACUCUGCUAUCCUAUUGCCAUCCCCCUCCCCUCCCCACUGCCACUACCAUCCCUUCCAACUUGCAAAGCACUUUCUUUUCUUUACCUUCAGGUAUGGAAUGGGAAUGGCACUUUUCUAUCCUCCUGAUUCACUUAACCUCGUUUAGGACUGAAAGCAGUGUCCCUUGGUAAUUAAGGUCCUAAAGGGCUAGAGGUUGCCAGUUCUUAACAGCCACCACUUUCGGUCCUUAUGCCCUGCAAAGCACAUCAGAGUGCAUCUGUUAAGAGAUGUACAAACCAUCACCUUCAUUUCCCAUUUUAAGGUAAAGCAAAAUGAUAGGUGGGGAAUGUGCUUUGGGGGCUAGAGGAACAGUGGGGAAGGAAGCUGGGAGCCAUUUGCUAACCUGGAUAAUAAUCUUAGAAAUCAGGGAUGGAAGUCUUAAAAGCUUGCUUCUCUUUGGAGGUAAUUUUUUAAGAAUUUAAAAAAUGGUUUCCAAUUUAGACUCAGAUUCACCAUCACAACAGCUCUGAUAUGCAUCUUUAAGCAGCUAGACAAGUAUUCAUAUUUUUUUUCAGUUUUUGUUUUGCUCUUGAGAGUCCAUGGGGACCAAAAUAUUUUGGCACUCAAAACAUUUGAAUGUUAUACCUUUAAAAAUUUGGUAAAAUUUUGAUGAAAGCUGUUGUGUAAUGUGUACUGCACAGUACACAUUUGUUUAAUAAGGGUUUUUAUAAAGUUUUUUAAAAAUAGCAUUACAUUGCUGUUCAGAUCUUGGACAUAUGAUCCAAUUGCUUACAAGACACAUCAAAGGAACAGUAGCAAACCUUGUUACUCAGAUGUCUUGAGUGCUGUAACUUUAGGUACUCUUAAUCCUUAAGAGUUGGAGUUUUAUCAUAACAUUUUUAUUUGCCUUUUCAGAUUUUUGUAGCCUUUCACACCUUCAUGUCUUGUAAACCUAAAAAUAUCUGUAUAUAUGAGUGGCAUAGUUUUGCAGAUUCAUACCUAGUAAGAGGCUAUUCUAGCAAAAUAACCACCUGUCAACUGAGUGCCAUGGAUCCACUUUUUAAGCUAGCUCCUUGUUCAUACUGUGCCAUUAAAAUGGUUUGAAUGGUACUUGAUUUUUUUUAACAUGUAAAAACUUGCUUUAAACUUAAAUUACCUCUUAAAAAGACCAAGGUACAUUUACCUCAUUCUGUAUAUAAGGUUUAAUAUUUUUUCAGAACAUUCUCAAGGUUGGCAAUUACAUGUCUCUUUAAAAUAUGAGUAUUAUAUGCAUAAACCUAAAACCUUGCUGGUUCUGAUACAAAGCUCUGUGUGUGCUCUUGAAGAUCUGCUAAUGUGAGCUUUCCUGUUGGCUUCAGAGAUGGAUGUACACUCAAGGCUCUGAUGCUGGUUUUGUAGGAGCUACAUGUGCAUACUGGAGCAUCUGCAUGUUUAAACCAGCCCUGGAUCAAGCUGAUUGUAUAUUUUGUCAGAUUGCGCAUUUCUUUUUUCUUUUUCUUUUUUUUGCAAAUAUGUUCUCUGUUUUGUUGAAAUAGCACCAGCUCUUUCAGAGUUAUAUGGGUAAUGACACAUACAUUUUUACAUUUUGGAUGAUAAAUUUUGAGCAUCUGUACAAAUGUGUUACUUUUAAGCCUUACAGAAUUGUUCAUUGCCCCAUUUAUGCUUGAUAAUGUAUGUGCAGUAGAGUCUACGACAGAGGAUUGUAAAUAGUCUAAGAAUGAGUAUUGUUGUUAAGUGCUAACACUACAGUAGAAAAUAAUAAAAGCAAUUAUAGAUUUUCUUUCUUCUUA